AUGAGCGCUCGCACGGAAAAAUCCAAGGAGCCUGCACCCAAAUUGAGCAUCUGGCAGAAGGCAUUGCUGCGGGAUGAGGAGUGGCAGAAGGACGAGCUGCGGACCCUCGUGUUCUGGAUCGUGUUCGGGUUCUCGGUCGUCCUGGGUGUGUUCUACGGCCUGCUGUCGCUGCGCGGGCUGCCGUGUCUGAUCGGAUAUUUCAUCGGCUCGGUGGCGGUGCCGACAAUCUACUGGACAAACUACCUGGGUGUGGACGACGAGGACUUUGGCGGCAAGAUGGAAGUGCUGGGCGAUAGCAUUGGCGCUGGGUUUGCUUCGUUCACGCUCACGUGGAUCGGCGUUUACACGGCAAUGCAGUCGUAA